GUAGGCUCCGUCCAGACAAUGGCGAUAGAUGUUUGUACACGUAUAAUCGGUCAUUCGUUCAUUCGCCGUUCGAACGACUCUCACGAUCUACGGAAUUUCUGAAUUUCCUCAAACCUCACACUGUGUGUUUCAUCCGUGAAAAUGACUUGUGCCAUGCGGAUCCACGGAAAGUGACUACUGACAUUUUGUCAUAUGCGGAAUACCUCAAUGAGGGGGUUGGUAUCCUUACAGUUAUUAUAGGGCAACUACUUAGACGUCAACCAUGGGCCUCUCGGACAUCCUUCAAUGAUGUCAUCAUUGUCAUGACUGUGAACAGCCAGCUCAAGUCAGAGACUGAAAAGCUUCAUGGAAUUCAUUUUUGGUCUCAUCGUGGUUUCUGGGCGGACCUGACCUACCUGGGGAGAGAUGGGGGUCAACAUUGAAUCUGGUUCUCGCCACAUGGAGAAAUACCUUCACAACAUUAGAAUAGCUGUCCUUCAACAUUCAAGAUAAGCAGCGUUACCAUGCCAAAACGCAAACAUCCUGUGGAGACAAGUGAAGGUACUAGAGCAAAACAUAAACCUCAGGCUGAACCAAUCGAUUACCAAAGACUUGCGCAAGAAAUUGUUAAAUUGCAAAAACCCAACUCUGAUGCAUCAAGCAGUACAGUGGUACCCCUAGAAAAUGCUGCAUCUGCUACAUAUGCAAACACCGUCAAUGAGUUACCUGCACCAACGACUGCUUCUUCGUCUAUGCAAGAUAACCCUAUAUUGUCAGUUGUAUCUCAACUUUUAGAAAACACAGGUGAGCCAGUAGGCACAAACAAAGGUUUCUUCAAUUCUGAUAAUCUUAUCUCUGUAACAGAAGGUAUUCCUCUUGGUGCGACAAUACCACAAAAGAUAAAGGCAAAAAUUUGGUCGAAUGAUUUUUUUGAUUUAAAAGUAUUAUUGUCGCACCAAGAUGAAGAACCUCUUACGUUGUGCAUUACUCCAGGGGUCAUUAAUGUGCAGCAAAGUUUAAAAUCAAAAACCCCCAUGUUCAUCAGUCAGUGGACUGAUGCCUUUCUUAUCUUUAUUAACAUUAGAAUUCAGAAACACCCAUCAGAAACUCCCCAUUUAUUAAAAUACAUGAGCUUUAUUAGAGAAAUGAAAAGACUGCAUGGGGAUGUUGCUUGGAGAUCAUAUGACGAAUCUUUCAGAAAGUUUAGGGAGUCUUUGGCUGUAGAUUGGCAAAAACCUAUUGAAGAAUUAAGAGGUAAAUGUAUUGCCAUGUCCAACAUUUGCAGUGAAAAAUCUUACUAGUAUUAUUGAUUUUGUUGGUUUGAACCCUGCUCUAUACAAGGGUCACAGCUUCAGGAUAGGGGCAGACACUCAUGCAGCACAUUUGGGUUAUUCUGAAAACCGCAUUCAAUAAAUGGGAAGAUGAAAAUCUGAUGCUAUUUGCAGAUACACACGUUUGUCAAGCUUUACAUUUUGAAUAUGUAUAGCAAAUGCUAUGUAUAUAUAUUUUUCUUGUAAGAUUUUCACAGUUCAGAAGUUAACUGCUGUGUAUUAUAAUUGUAUCUGAUAUGCAUUGUUUGUGUUUUUAAUUCAAUGCAUAGAUUUGUUGUAUGUCAAAAUUCAGUUCUCAUCACAAUUCCCUAUCAUUUGUCUUAUAUUGGACAUUAUUCAAAGUGUGAUUCAUGUAUAACAUUUAUCUAUACUAUGUGCAUGAUGUGGUUACACAUAACAUAACACAGGUCAGAAGUAAACUGAUGUGUUUAUGU